UCUCCCUCCCUCCCCGGCUGAGGAGCGAUGCUGCGCGCUGGGUUAUGAUCCUUCCCUCUCUCCCUCCUCCUCCUCCUCCUCCUCUCCUCCUCCUCCUCCCGCUCCCCUCUUUUAUCAUCCUGGCUGGCUGGGCGCUGCUGUGCUGGCGAGUUGACUCCUUCCCUCCCCCCCGCCCCGCGGCCCCCCUCCCCCCGCCCGCGCCGUGAGCACCGGCGGCGCGGAGGCGAGAGCCCACUUGCGAGGCGGCAGAAGCAGCAUAAGGCAGCGCGGCGGCGGCGGCGGCGGCAGCGGCAGCACCCGAGCGGCGGCGGCGGCGGCGGCGGCGGGAGCGGCGGCGGAGGGGACACGGCGCGGCGGGAGCGGCGAACCGAGGAGCGAAUAAACGAUCAUAAUUAAUAAUAAUAACAAUAAUAAUAAUCAAAACAGAGCGAGGAGAGGAGGAGGAGGAGGAGGAAGAACAAACCCAAACAGCCAGCCCCCCCACCCCCGAGCCCAAAAGAGGGAGAGACAGAGAGAAAGAGAGCAGCGCCCGGGCGGAGCGGCGGAGAGGAAGAAUUAAAGCGAGCGAAGGAGGAGGGAGGAGAGACAGAGCAGAGAGAGAGAGAGGAGGAAAGAGGAGGAGGAGGAGGAGAAAGAGGAGAGGAGAAAAAAAAAAAAAAAAAAAAAAAAAAGAGAGCCCACAAAAACAAAGCGAUCGCGGUUGAUGUUGCUGCUGCUGCAAGCUGGACUUCCAAAAACUACGGCGAGACCGUCCGCCUCUCUCCGCGCCGAGAAAAGUCUCCUCCGCAGCCGCGCGUGGUUUUUUCCGCUGUGUGUGUAAUCUUUAACCUUUUAUUCAUUCUUAUUUUGAUGGCUUUCCUGAAUGGCUGACUGCGAGCUUCCCUGGACCUGGCCCCCAGACACCCGCCUCUCCUCCUUCAACUACUCUGCUGCAGAUCAGCUCUAAGAGAGAGAGAGGGAGAUCUUUGAAGAGAUUUUUUUUUUUUUUUUCCUCCUCUCUCUCUCUCUCUCCCCCUUUCUCCCUCCCCCCCUCCCCAAACCCCCCCACUACCCCCUUUUACUUCGCUCUCCUGGAGCCCAGACAAUCGACUCGCAACUCGCCCCCCCGCACACACACCUCCAUCGCCCCGUGCUUCUGCACCUCCGCCGGUACCGGGAGAUCCCCCCCGCCCUGAGCCUCCUGAGAAAAAAAGCCAAGGAAACAACAAAAAAAAAGAGAGAAAAAGGGGGCAAAACAAUAGAAGAGAGAGGGGGGAAGAGAGAGAGAGAGAGAGGGGAGGAGGAGAAAAAAAAAAAAGCAGAGAGAAAGACUGCUGCAAAGCUGAUCUGAACAGCAAAGCAAACAAACUUUGAAAAUAAAGGGGGAACAGGAAGUUUGGCAACGGUGUCCCAUAGAUAUGGCAAUGGUAGUCGGUGCGUGGCGAGACCCCCAGGACGAUGUGCCCGGAGCUCAGGGAACGCAGCCUUCGCAAGCGCCGCCGGUGCAGGGACCCCCGGCCGGGGCCCCGCACACCCCGCAGACCCCGGGCCCCGGCGGCCCCCCCAGCACGCCGGCCCAGCCCAACCCGCCGAGCCAGCAGAGCCAAGGAGACAAGCAGCAGCAGCAGCAGCACAUUGAGUGUGUGGUUUGUGGGGACAAGUCUAGUGGCAAACAUUAUGGCCAGUUUACCUGCGAGGGUUGCAAGAGUUUCUUCAAGCGGAGUGUAAGGAGGAAUCUCAGCUACACUUGUCGUGCCAACAGGAACUGUCCCAUUGACCAGCACCACCGCAAUCAGUGUCAGUACUGCCGCCUCAAAAAAUGCCUCAAAGUUGGCAUGAGACGGGAAGUUUCUUCUUUAUUUACUGCAGCGGUCCAGAGGGGCAGAAUGCCACCCACACAGCCAACUCAUGGUCAGUUCGCCUUGACAAACGGGGACCCUCUCAACUGCCAUUCCUACCUAUCCGGAUAUAUCUCCCUUCUUCUGAGAGCAGAGCCCUACCCCACCUCCCGCUUUGGCAGUCAGUGCAUGCAACCCAACAACAUCAUGGGCAUCGAGAACAUUUGUGAACUGGCAGCUAGGAUGCUCUUCAGCGCGGUGGAGUGGGCCAGGAAUAUCCCCUUCUUCCCAGACCUCCAGAUCACAGACCAGGUGGCCCUCCUGAGGCUGACCUGGAGCGAGUUAUUUGUCCUCAACGCUGCCCAGUGCUCCAUGCCCCUCCACGUAGCUCCGCUCCUGGCAGCUGCCGGCCUCCACGCUUCGCCAAUGUCUGCUGACCGAGUGGUCGCCUUUAUGGACCACAUACGAAUCUUCCAAGAGCAAGUAGAAAAACUGAAAGCAUUGCAUGUCGACUCCGCAGAAUAUAGCUGUUUAAAGGCCAUAGUCCUCUUCACCUCAGAUGCCUGUGGUCUCUCUGAUGUAGCCCAUGUUGAAAGUUUACAGGAGAAGUCACAGUGUGCUUUGGAAGAGUAUGUUAGGAGCCAGUAUCCCAACCAGCCAACACGAUUCGGGAAGCUAUUACUACGUCUCCCCUCCCUUCGCACUGUCUCCUCUUCUGUCAUAGAGCAAUUGUUUUUCGUCCGUUUGGUAGGUAAAACCCCCAUAGAAACCCUAAUCAGGGAUAUGUUACUGUCUGGCAGCAGUUUUAACUGGCCUUAUAUGUCCAUUCAAUAAAAUACUCGAGAGAGAAAAGAAAAAAAAACUUAAAAAAAAAAAUAAAAAUUGAGAAGGGAGAUGAAAGAGAGUGAAAGGAAAGCAAAUGACAUUUGGGUUCUGAUUGUUACUUAAAUUUCCUUCUGCUAAGAAAGGAUGUAAAAGGAUGUUACAAGUUUGCUAAGAGAAGACAGGAAAAAAAAUUAAUGGACUGUGAAUUAAAAAAAAACAAAACAAAAGGAGAGACUGUCAAAUGAACUUUUACAGAAUGCAUUAAAAACUCCCGUGUUGUUCCGAAAAAAAAACUUGCUACUUCUCAUUUUUUGUAAAAAAUUAAAAAAAAAAAAAAAAAAAGAGAGAAAGAAAAAAGAAAGAAAGAAAAAGGAGAAAGAAGAAGCAAGGAAGUGAUGUUGGGCUUUUUCUUUUUUUCUUUUUUCUUCCUUUUUUUUCUUUUUUUCUUUUUCUGGGGUAAACUUUUUAAAAAAAUCUCGCUUAAAGUGCAUUUAAAGGAAAUUUGGAGAAAAAAAAUUAGCAGAACGGAAGAAAGUAAGUCUUUUUUUUCCAAAUUAUUAAUUGUCCUAUGUGUCUAUGUACCUAUAGCUGUUCUUUUUUGUAUUUUUCUGGUUUCAAACCAGUUUAUUCUGUGGUUCUAUAAUAAUUUUUGAUAUAACCUUGGCUUCUUUAAAAAAAAUAAAUAAAUAAACUGUGUAUCCUUAAAAUAUAUGUUCUGAAAGAAUUAAAACUGAGUCCACGAAAGUAUCAUAGGAAGAAAGGAAAAGAGAAAAAAACCCCUCAACAACACAAUGAUGGAAGCGCACUUAAGGUGGUGACCCAAAAUCUAGCUUGAAGCUGAGAGAGCUAUAAUUAUAUAGACCCGAAUGAACCACACGUGUCAUAUAACUACCCCCAAAUCUAAGUUUUUUGAUAUUUCGGUCAGAAAAUGAACUGUGGGGAUUUAUUAUAGGUAGAAGGAAUUUGUGUCCAAGACACAUUACGGUUUUUGAUUUAAAAAAAAAAAAAAGAAAAAAAAAGAAAAAAUAUACAAAAACAAGCAAAGUGAACUUUUGUAAUUUGAAUUGGGUUCCACAUAGUUCAUCAUGAAUUGUUAUUAAACUCCUCUAUCUGUUUGUAUAUUUGCAAGCCCUUUGUAUUAUAAUAAUUGUUGAUAUUUUCCCUUUUUAAAAAAUACCAUUGAAAUCAGCAUGACAAAAUAACACUGUUGGCACUUAUAGAUAACGUGAUUGAUUCAGUAUCUUAGAGUUUACAGUUUUGUGUUUAAAAAAACUGAAGGUUUUUUUUUUUUUAAGUGCAACAUUUCUGUAUACUGUAAAAGUUAUAAUAACUGAACUGUUUGGUCGAGUCUUUGUGUGUUAUAUUCCAAGGAAAAUUGAAAGUAUUCAGAAAUUAAAAUAUUAUUUGAUAUCUGAAACUUGUUUGGCUGUCAUAAAUGUCUUUCAGAAACCACAUUACUUCUCUCUAGUUUGCAGUCAUUUAAGUCCAUAGGCGAUUGAUUUGUUUACUUGUCACAGUAAGUUUGUAGCAGAUGUAUUGUAGUGUAUUUACCUGUUUAAUUCCGGGAUGGGGGCGGAGGACUUAAGUUCGUGGUUUAUCUCUGGUUUUAGGAAGUACUAUGCUGAAAUGGUAAACCAUCAACCCCCAUUCAUCUAAUCCUCCUGUUAAUUAAAAAUGGAUUUUCUGGGGAAAAAAAAAAAAAAAAAAGGCCCUUAUUUUUGUCACACUUAAGUGCCUGCGUAGGAGAGGUAUUGUUGUGAAAAAGUAUUAGAAAUCUGGAGAUCAGUAUCUAUUUUAUGAUCAGAAUGGGGCGAAAAAAUCUUUUGUAAAUGUCUGACAUAGGCGCACAAGAUCAUUCAAGCAAGGUAAUAGCAGUAUUGUAAAUAUAGGUCAGUUGUUUGCAAUGAGUUUUCUUUAAGUAUGUGUGAUUUUUUAUAAUACUCCGUAGUUGCCAUCUAUCGUUGUCAUUGAGAGGUCUUCAAAUGGAGUGGCUUUAGCUUCUAGCACUGAGGAGUCGGGUUUUAAUGUAUAUAUAUACUCGCAAGUGGGUUUUUCUUUUUUACCUUAGACUGUGAAAGCAUGACCACAGGUCAUCUCUAUCUUUUGCGUAUGGCAUAUAUGUCUGUAUGUAUCCCUGCAUACAUACAUGUGUAGGCGCACAUGCAUCUUUCUUGGGGGGCUCCAGGGCCCUCUCCCCAGCCCUCGCACCCGCACAGCUCCCAUGGGUGCCAUGGCAUAGGACCGGACAAGCCGUCCGGGAAUUCAAUGCUAUCCCGAGCAGGCAGAGACAAACACCCCCAAAUCUGAAGGAAGGCGAGAUGAUGUGGUUUUGCAAGGGGGUGAUAUUUUGUUUCGUGUGUGUGCGUGUCAUUUCUUUUUCUCCUCUCUCCCCACCUCCCUUCCCCAACCCUCCCCUAGGUCUAUAGCAGAUGCUUUGUAUGUGAAAGCUUGCAAUUUUGUUCUUGUCUGAGGCUUCCCCCUCUCCCUUUUUACCACACGUAACUACACCAUGUUGUGGUUUCACAAAAAGAGAGAGAGGGAGGGAGGGAGAUCAUUCUGUAAAGUCGAUUAAACCCUGAUCUUUAGUAUGUUCCAGUUAGACACAUCUGUACUGGGGGCUGAGGGGCGUAUGACUGUGAAUUUGAGCAGAGUUUUACAUCUGAAUCAUGGCUCCUUUUCUAUAAAUAUAUAAAUAUAUAUAAAUAUAUAAAUAUACUAUUAUUGCAGGGGAUUGCUGACCUCUAGAUUUAGCUUUUUCUAUUGCAAGUGCUAUCCAUGUGAGUGUGUGUGUGUGAAGUUUUUAUGCUUACUAAGAACACAGGAUCUUGACUUGUUUGUUUUGUGUUAGUUUAUUGUAAACAACCAUUUGUUGUAAAUUGUUAUUGGCAUUAAAUUAUAAUUUAUGAUUUUCAAAUCCAAAA